AUGUCUGCCGCCGACCAGGAACGGGUAGGAGAUCGUUCUCUCCAUGAUCUGAAACCGGUAACUAUCGAACAGCCCUUGCUCAAUAGCAUUCCCCCCGGGUUAGUUCACCAGUUGGAUCCCAUAUACGUUGAUCACUAUAAUCGUUACAAUGUUGGCCGGCUUCACACGCACCAGGUCCCGAUAGAAGAUUUCCGAGCUAAUCCAGCGAAAUACUUGAUUGCGUAUGGCCGAGCUUCUGCACCAGAUAUAUAUAAGAUCACAGAGCAAAAGUGCCCAGUAAAAGGGGGCGAGAUAAAGAUCAGGAUAUUCGAACCUAAGCUAGUGAUUCGCGGAGAUGGCAAGCCGAAGAAGCGAGGAGCAUAUAUCAACUUCCAUGGAGGAGGGUGGGUAUUUGGGGAUCUCAAUUCGGAUCAUCAUUCCUGCAAACGCAUCGUGCAUGAUCUGGGUGAAGGCGUGGUAGCUUUCGACGUCGACUACCGGCUUGCGCCAGAAAAUAGACACCCUACCGCGAUCGAGGAUUGCUGGGCGGCUUUCCAAUGGGUUCGCUCAAAAGCAGAGGAAUUCAAUCUUGACACAAACCGCAUGGCUAUUGGGGGAACAUCCGCCGGUGGCCACUUGGCAAUCGUGGUUGCUCACCUCUGUAGAGACAACGGGUUUCCACUGAGUCUUCAAAUCUUGACUGUGCCAGUCACAGAUAUGCACAGCUCUUUCACACCCGAUGGCGAAUUUGACCGUGAAAACACACCAUACGAGUCGUACCGUGAGAUGGAGUUCACGGCUCCGCUCCCCGCAGAGAGGAUGUCCUAUUUCCAUAAACAUUGGCUGGGUGUGCCCCGGCCUGAGAAGUCUGAAGAUGACUGGAAGAUAUCCCCGAUCUUCGCACCGAAUUUUGCCAAUCUGGCCCCUGCCCUGGUCUGGACCGCUGAGAUUGAUCCCCUUCGGGACGAAGGCGAAGCCUAUGCGGACAAGUUGAGAAACGCUGGGGUGCAGGUAGAGCUGAUUCGUGUCCGGGGUGCACCACACAUAUUCGGCGGCCUGGACGACAUCUUGGAAAGCGCAAGAAGAUACCGGGAAAAAUGUAUUGAAGAGCUGAGGAAGAGCAUUGGCGGAUCUAGUUAG